AUGACUGUCAUGAUGCCUCAACGCCACCGGGCUACAGCCAAGAAGCCCAUGUGGAUAAUCGUGCUCUUGUCUAUGGUUUGCAUCGUGUUGAUUGGGGCUUACGUCUUCCCACCGCGGCGCUUCUCUAAGUGCUACCUCUCUGCUUCAAGUGUAUGUACGAAUUUCAAGGAUUGGCUCCCUUCCAUGGGCCGUCGGGAGCGGACUGACGAGGAGAUUAUUUCAUCUGUAGUUAUUAGGGAUAUCCUUUCAAUGCCCAUGCCUGUGUCAAAAAAUCCAAAGAUCGCCCUUAUGUUCUUGACACCAGGUUCAUUGCCCUUUGAGAAAUUGUGGGAGAAGUUUUUACAGUAUGUAUUAUUGAAAUAUGAGUAUAUAACAUUGGGCCAACAUGUUGAUUCCCCUAUGAACCUUCAUUUGAUAGAGGGACCAAAGCCGGUAGUAUGGGGAUUGAUUUCAAUGGUUGAUGCUGAGAAGAGACUAUUAGCGAAUGCACUGGAAGAUGUUGAUAAUCAAGUUUUUGUCUUGCUUUCUGACAGCUGUGUUCCGCUGCAUUCAUUUGAUUAUGUGUAUAACUACCUGAUGGGAACGAAUGUUAGCUUCGUGGAUUGUUUCAAGGAUCCAGGUCCACAUGGCAGUGGAAGGUACUCUCCUGAGAUGUAUCCUGAAAUAGACAAGAGGAUUUUAGAAAGGGUGCCCAGUGGUUUUGCAGUUACGAGGAGACAUGCUUUAAUGAUUCUGGCUGACAGCCUGUACUACAAGAAGUUCAAGCUAUACUGCAAGAUAUGUGCUCAAAUAUAUAAUUGGUCUGUUACAAAUGUGGAUUGGUCUGAUGGGAAAAUGGAAUCCAAGGUCAUAUAUUGGUCUGAGGAAAAUGAUGAUGUCACCUAUGAUCUCUUGAAGAAUAUCACAGCAAUUGAUGAGAACUUCCAUGUAACAAGUGAUGACAAGAAACUUGUGAUGCAGAAGCCUUGUUUGUGGAAUGGAUCAAAGAGACCGUGCUAUCUUUUCGCUAGGAAGUUUAAUCCUGAAGCACUUGACAACCUACUGAAGCUAUUUACCAGUUAUACAUCUGUUUGA